AUGAAUAUCUUUAGAAAAAGUUCAACAAAAUAAAAGAUGAUAAAGCACACUUAACUAAAGUAAAAUAAAUAUGAUGUCAGAUUAUCCAUUUAUAAUGCCAACACUUUAGUUGAUCAAGACUAUCGCUUGUAAGAUAAAUAUGAAUGUCUCUUCUACAUGGGAUUAAAGCAAGCCCUUAAUAGACUUUAAACAUGUAUUGAAAUUGCAAACAAUUAGACUCUUAGAAAUCCCUAAAAGCAUUUGUUAUAUCCUUUUUUGCAAUAAUUGAGUUUUUCAGCUAUUAAAAACCUGAUAGCUUAGGAUGCAGCACAAAUCCCUGAUUAAUUAAAAAAAAUAGCAUUAAUUACUAGAGAUGCUCGAAAAUACAGAUACUUUAAGUCUGAUUGGCAAAACAGGCUAGCAAGAGUUUGGAAUCAGUGUAGAAACGAUUUGCUAAAAAAUGUAAAAGAGGCAAAAGAGUAAAAAAAAAAUAAUUAAACUGAAGUUAAAAAAUUAACAAAUUCCUAAGAGCCAUAAAAAAUAAUAACCCCUCCUCCUAUGUAAUACUAUUUAGCUAUGGAUAUCUGCCCAUAUGCUUACCCCUUUUCCUUCACAUAUGGAAGAAAAUAAGGAUAUUGCUUAGAUUUAAAUGGAGCUUUGAAUUGGUUCAUAACUGACUGCAAUAAAUCAGAAAAAGCCUAUUUUUAUUCAAUCCUUGAAAAACCUGAAAUUUGUGAGUAAUUUGAUUUUCUCUACGAAAUACCUCCUUAAAUUAGGAUUUUCAAGCCAAAACACUAAAAUGAGUAUUAAUUUAUUAUAAGAUUAAACUCAUGGCUAGUGAGCAACGCAAAUAACGAAGAACUCUAAACAGUUGAAAUGAUUAAAACUUUUUUAAAAAAGAAAUGGCAUGCUCUUCCAAAAAGAUUUUAAAACCUUGUAAGCAGUUUAUAAUCUUAAACAGUCUCGAUAGUUUCUUUGUUUAAUCUAUUAUUCCAUAUUUACCCAAUAGAAGAACUAUAUUUAAAUCAAAUCCCUCUUAAGAAACCAUUUAAAUAUGAAUAUGCUAACUCAGUCCCUUAAAGUGCCAAACAAGAUUAAAUAUUAGACUAAAAUCUGUAUUGGGGACCAUCAAAAUAUGGUGGAGCAGUUUUUGAAACAUCAUAUUUUUGA